CAUCCUCAUUCCCUGGCCUCCUCUAUAAAAAAAGACCAUAGGCGUACCAGUUUUUCUUCGUGCCCUCUUUUCAAGGUGGAUUCUCGAUAAUCCUCCUUCCCUUUUUCCCUUUCUGUCAGUUCUAGGGUUUCAACUUCCAUGGCUUCCGCAGAAAUUGAGUACCGUUGCUUCGUUGGUGGGCUUGCCUGGGCCACCGACAACGAAGCCCUCGAGAAAGCCUUCUCUUCCUUUGGCGAGAUCGUCGAAUCGAAGGUUAUCAAUGAUCGUGAGACUGGAAGGUCGAGGGGUUUCGGAUUUGUAACCUUCGCCACAGAGCAGGCCAUGAGGGAUGCCAUCGAGGGGAUGAAUGGCCAGAACCUUGAUGGCCGUAACAUCACUGUCAACGAGGCGCAGUCCCGCGGUCGGGGCGGUGGCGGCGGUGGCGGUUACGGUAGCGGUGGCGGUACGGUGGUAACGGUGGUAAUGGUGGAGGUGGCUAUGGAGGAGGUGGUUACGGUGGUGGGCGGGACCGUGGGUACGGAGACGGUGGAUCUCGUUACUCAAAGGGGGGUGGUGCUUCUGAUGGAAAUUGGAGGAAUUAGGAUUUCGUUUAGAGAUUAGUAGUUUGAUGAAAAAGCAUGGGUGGUGGUUUUUUAUUUGAGUAUGCGGGUUCAUGGUCUUUAAAAUUUGCUCUUGGUUUCUGGUUUGAUUCUCUGUUAUGGUUCUCGUUGCUCCGUGGUUCUCGUUUUUGACCUUUGAAUUUGUGUACUACUGGUUGUUCAUAAACAAUCCCAUCACAUAUGAAUAGUCAGAUCAAUUAUAACCCUGAGAGGUUUUACCGUCUUUA